AAUUUAAAGAGUCUACCUGAUUUCAUCCAUGACAAUUAAACAUUUGAUAAUAACGAGAGGCUUCAAGUCACACAAGCUUUUCAAUGACUUCACACAAGGUCAUACAAUAGAUGAAGAAUCGUAGUGUAAACACCGCCGGGACCACUUCAAAUUUGGCGCUUGAAUUGGAGAGAGAGAGAGAUGUGGACAUUUUGACAAUUACAAUUACAAUGGCUUAUAACUUAGUUUUACAUGUUCAUGCUUCAUUAUAUUUCACUUGUUUUAUUUUGUAUUAGAAUAGUGUAAUAUGAGAGAAGCUGGAGUAAUUGGAAAUAUAAUUUGUAGGUUUGUGGGUAAUGAGUGCACGCUGACAUAGGAGAGUGAGUGGACGUCAGACACACAGAGGGGUGGUGUUUGAAGUGCGUGCGUGUGCAGCUGCCUUAUUUAACCUGGAUUUUCUCUCAAGACGGUGACACGUGCCAGUGGAAGCUUAAUGGCUGCCGGAAGGUGGUCGUGAGGGCCAGAAACACUUACAAUAUUGACAAAUGACCCACCUGCUGCUUGGCCAGCUGGCGGACUGGUCACAGACGCCAUGGUGCAAUAGGAGACUACCCCAUCCCCUGCCUCCCUGCCCUGCUCCACCCAGACACCAUGGCCCAGCAGCGACGCCAUUCCACCUGCUACAUGACACUGGCUGACGCACUCCUGACAUGGCAGCGACAGGAGGCAGAGGGCAGGAGCAAGAGUCGGAUGGCGAAGGAAGGCGUGAUGGCGGAGGUGGUGGCUGUGGAGGGUGUUUGUGCAGGGUAUCUCGGCAGGGUCUAGGUUAGAGCAAAUGGAUGAUGAGAGACUAGUGAGAAAGGUGUUUGUGUGGAAUGUUAGGAGUAGCAGUUGGGGGAAGAAGUGUGUUAGGAUGGUAGUAAAGAGUGGCUUGGAAACUAGUUGGGCUUUUGAGUGGUUGAGUGAAGCCUUGUUGAGAGGGACCGAAGUACGAGUGUCAGAAAUGGAGAGGGUUUAGAAUGGGAUGUAAGAAAAUGGAGAAGUGAGAUAGACACAGCGAUGAAGCACAUGGGAUUGAGUGAGCCAGGUGUGGAAAUUGUGGGAUGGAGCGAGCCAGGUGUUGAAAAGUGUGAAAAAUGUGGAAAGUGUGGAAAAUUGUGGGAUUGAGUGAACAGCUGUGGAAAAAUGUGGAAAUUGUGUUGAAAAAGUGUAGAAAUUGUGGGAUUGAGUGAGCCAGGUAUGGAAAUUGUGUAGAAAAGUGGAAAAAGUGUGGAAAUUGUGUGGAAAAAGUGUGAAUAUUGUGGGAUUGAGUGAGCCAGGUGUGGAGAAGUGAGACAGACAGAGCGAUGAAGCACGUGGGGUUGAGUGAGCCAGGUGUGGAGGAGUGAGACAGAGCAAUGAAGCACGUGGGGUUGAGUGAGCCAGGUGUGGAGGAGUGAGACGAACAGAGCGAUGAAGCACGUGGGGUUGAGUGAGCCAGGUGUGGAGGAGUGAGACAGACAGACAGCCAUGAAGCAUGUGAGGUUGAGUGAGCCAGGUGUGGAGAAAUGAGACAGACAGACAGAGUGAUGAAGCACGUGGGGUUGAGUGAGCCAGGUGUGGAGAAAUGAGACAGACAGACAGAGCGAUGAAGCACGUGGGGUUGAGUGAGCCAGGUGUGGAGGAGUGAGACAGACAGACAGAGCCAUGAAGCACGUGGGGUUGAGUGAGCCAGGUGUGGAGGAGUGAGACAGACAGACAGAGCCAUGAAGCACGUGGGGUUGAGUGAGCCAGGUGUGGAAAAACUGGUGGAGAUGUCUCAGAAAGCCUAACUUCACAGUAGCUGUUUUAGCUAGAGAUGAAAUGUGAAGUUUCCAGUUCAGAUUAUAAGUAAAGGACAGAUCGAGGAUGUUCAGUGUAGAAGAGGGGGACAGUUGAGUGUCAUUGAAGAAGAGGGGACAGUUGAGUGCCAUUGAAGAAGAGGAGAUAGUUGUCUGGAAGAUUGUGUUGAGUUGAUAGAUGGAGGAAUUGAGUUUUUAAGGCACUGAACAAUACAAGUUUGCUCUGCCCCAAUCAGAAAUUUUAGAGGGAUCAGAAGUCAGGCAUUCUGUGGCUUCCCUGUGUGAACUGAAGGGUUGGACGUCUAUGAAAAGACGUGGAAAAAUGCAGGGUGGUAUCAUCAGUGUAGGAGUGGGUAGGGCAAGAAGUUUGGGUUAAAAGAUCAUUGAUGAAUAAUAAGAAGAGAGUGAUGACAGGAUAAAACCCUGAGAAGAACAGUGACCAUCUACCACAGCAAUAAAAUGAUCAGAAAGGAAACUUGAGAUGAAGUUACAGAGAGAAGGAUAGAAGCCGUAGGAGGGUAGUUUGGAAAUGAAAGCUUUGUGCCAGACUCUAUCAAAAGCUUUUGAUAUGUCCAAGGCAACAGCAAAAGUUUCACCAAAAUCUCUUAAAGAGGAUGACCAAGACUCAGUAAGGAAAGCCAGAAGAUCACCAGUAGAGCGGCCUUGAUGGAACCCAUACUGGUGAUCAGAUAGAAGGUUGUGAAGUGAUAGAUGUUUAAGAAUCUUCCUGUUGAGGAUUGAUUCAAAAACUUUAGAUAGGCAGGAAAUUAAAGCAAUAGGACUGAUUGAGGGAUUAAAACUACUACUACUACUACUACUACUACUACUACUACUACUACUACUACUACUACUACUACUACUACUACUACUACUACUACUACUACUACUACUACUUGGAGGAGGCAGUAGACACCUGCCGAAACGAUAAUUACUCCCAGUGAGGUCUAAUGCACUGUUCAGGGGGUGCUGUGAACUUAUCAUUAAACCCAGCUGUGACCUCACUGAACGUUUCCCUUUGUCUCACAACACAAGGGGGCAGUCACAGCCUCCCUCUAAAGACAACUCUCUUCCUCCACACAAAACUACAAGCACCUAAUAACACACACACCCUUCACUCAAAAAUUUUAAAUUCAUGGCGACUCCUACACCAGCCUCGGAGUCCCCAUCUGGGGAGGGGACCAUAAAUGUCCCCAGGUUGGACUGCCUUUCCGUCGACGACCCUAAGUGUCUUGACACCCCCCUCAACUUUUUCUUCAUUAACUUCUGCAACAUUCGCGGUCUAAGAUCUAAUUUUCAAUCUGUAGAACACCACCUCUCCUCUUCUAAACCUCAUCUUCUUUUCCUCACUGAAACUUAGGUGUCUGAGGCAACUGACAGUAGCCCCUUUUCUGUUCCCUCCUACUUUCUCUAUCCUCAUUUUCGAUCCAAAGGUGGAUGCUGCGUUUAUGUGUGCAAUGACUUAACCUGCUCUCGUGCCCACGCUCUUGAAUCUUCCGAGUUUUCCACCAUCUGGCUACGACUACAGAGUCAUUCUCAUACUAAAUUUAUCUGUGCUGUAUACCUCUCUCCUAACUCCUCUGACUAUAAGAGCGGUCUCUGACACGUAUGUGCUGAGCGCAUAACAGAGGUGAUAGUGUCUGGCAUGGAGGCGUACAUUCCUCACUCUUUUUCUCGUCCUAAACCUUCUAAACCUUGGUUUAACACAGCUUGUUCUCGUGCUAUACAUGAUAGAGAGGUGACCCACAAAAGGUACUUAAGCCUUCCAUCACAUGAAUCUCAUGCACUUUAUAUUUCUGCCCGGAACCAUGCCAAGAGAACGCGAAGACGUUCCACAGUCUGGAGACUCACCCCCAGAAGGUGCGCUGGAGUUGGCUGGAGCGGGAACGCGGCACUUCCACUGAGUCACCACUGGAUAACACCAUUCUCGUGUCCCGCGAGGUGACUCUGGGGGGCAGCCGUAGUCCCGCCAGAUGAGAGAGAGAGGAGGUAAACAUAUCACGCAGGGAAGCCACAGAAUGCCUGACUUCUGAUCUUUCUAAAAUUUCUGAUUGGGGCAGAGCAAACUUGGUAUUGUUCAAUGCCUCAAAAACUCAAUUCCUCCAUCUAUCAACUUGACACAACCUUCCAGACAACUAUCCCCUCUUCUUCAAUGACACUCAAUUGUCCCCGUCUUCUACACUGAACAUCCUCGGACUGUCCUUUACUUAUAAUCUGAACUGGAAACUUCACAUCUCAUCUCUAGCUAAAACAGCUUCUAUGAAGUUAGGUGUUUUGAGACGUCUCCGCCAGUUUUUCUCACCCCCCCAGCUGCUAACUCUGUACAAGGGCCUUAUCCGUCCAUGUAUGGAGUAUGCUUCACAUGUCUGGGAGGGUUCCACUCAUACUGCUCUUCUAGACAGGGUGGAAUCAAAAGCUUUUCGUCUCAUCAACUCCUCUCCUCUAACUGACUGUCUUCAGCCUCUCUCUCACCACCGCAAUGUUGCAUAUCUAACUGUCUUCUACCGCUAUUUUCAUGCCAACUGCUCUUCUGAUCUUGCUAACUGCAUGCCUCCCCUCCUUCCCUGGCCUCGCUGCACAAGACUUUCUUCUUUCUCUCACCCCUAUUCUGUCCACCUCUCUAACGCAAGAGUUAACCAGUAUUCUCAAUCAUUCAUCCCUUUCUCUGGUAAACUCUGGAACUCCCUGCCUGCUUCUGUAUUUCCACCUUCCUAUGACUUGAAUUCCUUCAAGAGGGAGGUUUCAAGACACUUAUCCACCAAUUUUUGACCACUGCUUUGACCCUUUUAUGGGACUGGCAUUUCAGUGGGCAUUUUUUUUUAUUAGAUUUUUGUUGCCCUUGGCCGGUGUCCUUCCUACAUAAAAAAAAAAAAAAAAAAAACUACUACUACUACUACUACUACUACUUUCUUGAAUGUGCAUAUCAGUGUAUCCUGUCAUGCCUCCCAUGCUGUGUAAUGCUGCAGUGUUGAUUGUGUCUUCUUCCCUGAGGUGGCACUGUGGAUAGCAAGUGGAAGAGACCUUGAGAGACUUCCGUUAAUGAGGAACCUUUCAGGAACCAACAGUCGGUGUGCAGGUUUGCAGUAAACCUCCCUGAAGGUUCCAGAGGUGGUCAGCAAGUGCCCAGUCCAGGCUGUCACAAGACUGUGUGAUGGAGGACUUUCCACUGAUACUCAUUGAUAACAGCUGUGCACUGACACUCACAGGAAAUGUGGCACUGUGGAUAGCAAGUGGAAGAGAUCUUGGGAGACUUCCGUUAAUGAGGAGCAACAAGCACACCUCACUGGAGUCUUUCAGGAACCAACAGUCAGGGCCUGAUGUGAAGGUGUCUGCAGCCAGUGGUGGGUGUCCUCUGUGCCUGGUGGUGCCUCAUUGCAGGGCUGAUGUGAAGGUGUCUGCAGCCAGUGGUGGGUGUCCUCUGUGCCUGGUGGUGCCUCAUUGCAGGGCUGAUGUGAAGGUGUCUGCAGCCAGUGGUGGGUGUCCUCUGUGCCUGGUGGUGCCUCAUUGCAGGGCUGAUGUGAAGGUGUCUGCAGCCAGUGGUGGGUGUCGUCUCUGCCUGGUGGUGCAGCCUGAUGUGUUGCCUGCUUCAGUGUAAAUCUUGCAAGCCAGAUCUGCCAGCUGUCUCCAGUGUAGUAGUCUAGGGUGCUUUGCUUUGUGUCUUUGGCAAUAAAUAAAUUUGGGACUAUCAUUCUCAUGUGAAUUAUGUAGUUUGAUAAAAUUACAGAAUGUGCGAUAAAAUUACAGAAUGUGCUCGUGUAAACUAAAUUUAUAUGUUGGUGGUAAACAAUUCAUGCAUCCCCAAGUAAAUAAAUAAAAAAACAAUAGAUCAUCUGGUCAAAAAAAAAGCCAGGAUUGGCCUAUUUUUGGCUAAGUUUAAGGCGAAACUUACACACAAGCCCUGUCCGAGCGACACCGGAGUCGCUCGGACAGGGCUUCUGUGUGCAAGUUUCACCUUGUUUAAAAUUUUUUUUUUUUUUUUGACCAGAGGAUGAUCAAUUGUUACUAGUAUUUUUUGCUUCCAUUUUUUUUUUCAGGGCUAUGAAUUGUUACAUCAGAAAGCAGCUUAUUUGCAAUUUGUAAAAAGACU